AUGUUGUUCAGUCGGCGUUUGUCACCCACAUCGGCGAUUCUGCUCCUCAGCAAUGUCCUCAAUUUCGCUGAGGCUGGCGCCUUUCCUCGCCAAACACAGGAACAUAUCGCCCUACGCACGCUAGACGUUAGAAACUGGCCACUGGCCACGCCGGCGCCAUGGCUCGGCAUGAUGAGGAGGCAGGACGAUAGCAGUACCAACACCGUCUGCGGCUACCUCGGUGGUGACCCGAACCUUCCUGCGACAUGCUCUGCCGGAUCUCAUUGCGCCAUGGACGCUUCUGCCUCCGCCGUCGGCUGCUGCCCGAACGGGGCCGCCUGCACGACGGGCGUGUACACCAGCUGCGUUGAUAAUAACAGCCCCACUCAGACGGUAUCGAAUCCGUACAUCUUCACAUGCCAGGGAGACAACGUGUGCUACCGCAAUGCCUACGAGGGCGGCGCCUACCAGUAUGGAUGCGGCACGGCAAGCCAGGGCACGUCUGUGUUCGCCACUGCUUCGGGACUUAGCACGACGGUUGCCAUCACUCGCAUCUCGGGUCUCGUGACGAUUGAAGCGACUUCGUCGUCGACCAGCUCCUCCUCCAGCAGCAGCAGCUCAUCCACCUCGUCCUCGACGAGUUCCACAACGAGCUCGACGUCAUCGACAACUAGAUCGAGGUCGUCGACUUCGACGACAAGAUCAGCGACGACUACCCAGUCCCAACCACCGACCUCCAGCGCCGCUGCCCCGCCGCCUGGCGCAGCUGAGGCAGCACUGCGACGACAUGGCGGCGUCAUUGGCGGAGCCAUUGCCGGUGCCGCGAUUUUCGUCGCCAUUGUCUCGGUGGCUCUCUGGAUGCUCAAGCGCAAGCGUGGAAACCGGCGGCGCGGUCCUGGCCUUGGCAAGGGAACCUCGUACAUCCCGCAGACCAACCCGAAGGACUUCACUCCCGUGCCGGGCGGCGAGGUCAUGUUUGAUCAGGCAGGCUAUGGCCAUCCGGCCAUGAUGCCCGGCGCUCAUGGCACGACCACCUCCAUCUCGGGAGGCAGGUCAGCCAACUCGCCGCCGUCCUCUACUCCUGGGGGCUACAAUCCUGCCAGCGGAGCUUCCGCAUCGGGCGCUUCCCGGUCUAUCUGCGAAGACAUGCCGCUGACUCACCAGAGCGAGAUGGAAGAGUUCUCACGAGGCUACAACGACGCUGUCACCCCCGCUGGACACGACGAUCACCGCGCCGUCAGCUCGGGAGGCAACAGCAGCGCGAAUCCCUACGGCGCCGGCGCCGGGGCGUCCUCCGGGCAGCAGUCUGACGUGGCGGAUGAGAGGCCAUUGUGGCAGCAGAACCGGAGGCAGAGCCGGAAUUUGAUGUGGAUGUAA